AUGGUAUGUUGAUUUUUUUCAGAUUUUUUCAGAAGAAGUAAAUCAUUUUCCAGGUCAAGCUACUAACUUUGACGAUCCUCUUUGCGACUUUGACGGCUUUUCAAGCCUUUCUGUUACCUAGGACUGAACCAAAAUGUGGUGAAAACCAACAUUUGAAUCGCUGCGGCAACGAGUGCGAUGAGAUAUGCUACGUUCCAAAAAAAGUGCGUUUGAAGAAAGUUAUUCGAAAGAACAGCGGAAAUUCCAUCAAUGAUGUCAUUUUUUGAAGCAACUGCAGUGAAGCCUUGGUAUAACGUUUUCCAAUUUCGUUUUGAGACCCGAAAUUACUGUCACAGUAACUCGACAUAGUGUAGAAGCUUUCAGGCUAGUUGCUGUGAGGCUCCGCCCCCUCACUGACUUACAGUAAAUGUUUUAAUCAAAAAUACAAUUGUUUCCUAGUUGACGGAUCGACUUUAAGAAUAGAAAGUGGUUUUUUGAAAAGUACUUUUCCCUAAAAUACCUACAGUAACCCAGUGAGGGGCGGAGCCUCAGAAUAACCAGCCUGGAAGUUUACACUCUAUAACUAGAUAAUAAUUUCGACUCUCAAAACAAAACUUGAAAUUCUAGUACCAACGGUUUAACGCGAAUCUCAGAGAACGUAUAGUAAAUGAUCCUAAUAUUGCUGAUCCGCGAUUAAUAAUAAUAAUAUUAUUUAUUUAUUUCAUUCAAAAAGGAAACUCCAAAAGCUUUGAAAAACAUUUCAAGACAUAAAGAACAAAAAAUGACAGAAUUCGGACCGUUUGGCAAGUCGCGCACCUGUUAUUUGACUAUGAAAGGUAACCUUAAUUCGCGGCUGGGAAUUUCCCGAAAAUUGGCCAUAACACUUCUUGAUGUCCCAGAUGAAGAUUCUGAAAGUUUCAACCUGCACAACUUCUUUUUUUUCGAGGAUCAAGGGCUUGAAGCAUAAAAAUAGACUGGUUUUAUGGAUUUAGAGGGUUUUCUUUCACGCGUCUUUUCUCGAAAACGAGCAAGCUUUGCAGGUUCAGACUUUCAGAAUCUUCUUCUGGUACAUCAAGAAGAGUUCUGGUCAAUUCUCAGGAAAAUACCAACUGCAAGGUAAAACGACCUUCCUUGUAAGCGAACUUGAGCGAAAAGUCUUAUCGAAAAAGGUGAAUAAUAAAAAAAUUUCAGCCUUGUAAAAAAGUUUGCUAUUCACCGGCCUGCGCCUGUCUUCCUGGAUUCGCCAGGUUGUUCAACUCGAAAUCCGCCCCGUGCAUAUCCAAAAGUGACCCUGCCUGCAGCAAAUGUCGCGGAGGCUGUGAGCCAGGGAAGUCUUGCAAACAAGUUCUGUGGUGCCUCCGAGAGCCUUGUCCCCUUUCUCACAGUUGCGAAGAAAACUAUAAGAAGGGUUAGAAAGGCGAAUAAAGCUUCGAAUCGUGUGAUUUUCCUAUAUUGAAGAUACAUUGUGAAUUCCAGGGAGAGGCAUGAAAAAUGAAGAAAAGGACAAUGUUAAUUUUCGUGGUGGUUGUUUGAUUGACUAGUGAGACACUGUUGUAAAGGGCUUUCAAAACGAAAAACGCAAGAAAACCAGUUCCGUCGUUGCUUUGAUCAUCUCUGAGCUGAGUAAUGUACCAGAUCAAACUCCUAACGUGGGCUUUAUUUUUCGCGAUGUUCGCGACAGCUUUUUCGCGAGGACCAGAUAUUUGGAAUGUGCCGAAAAAGCCGGUGACGGUGGCAGUACAAACUUGGCAGUCACGCGUUUUCGCCCAUGGACGCCAUUCCAAGAUUUUCUUCGUCCACGUGUCCUGUAGCGAUCUUCUUUGCGCAGAGCCAUUUUCUCUACACAGCUUCCGACCAAACUUGGCGUAGCUUCAACAAUUCAUAGAGCCAGGAGUUUCUUCGUCUGUCGAGCAAUGUUACACCGAGCAUUCAUUGCAUCCUUUUCCGCUCUUUCGUUGCCAGAAGGUCCCUCUCUUUCUUCUUUAGAGUCCAUGUUUCCGAACCAUACAGAAAGGCUGGCCGUUGGAUUUCGGUAUAGGCUUUUCAAUGUCGAGCAAAAAGAGACGACGUUCCUUGGUAGUAGAGUAUGUCCUUGGUGUCAUUCAAGACAAGGCUACCAGUGCCGGCCCGAACAGAAAGUACAGGCAACAAAAACAUAACAAGUUUGACGUCUGCUUCUAGCUAUUCUUGCAAUUUCAAACAGCUCCUUUUUUCAGUAUACUUCUCGAAAAAAGUCUGAAGUUAAUCAAAGAUACCUUGAAUCAGAAAUAAAAGCUGCUAACUCGCAGUUUUUCAUUUUAUGAUAAAAUAUUAAAUAAAGAGGUCAUUUUCAAUAAAAAGAAACGUCCAGUCUAUGAGCUCCAUAUACACAAAAGGAAAAAAAAAGAAGAAGCUGGGAAGAAAUCAAUUUUUUCAAAGGGCUCUAUGUCCAUGCAUAGGCAAAGUCGGAAGGACCCUUUACGGGCCCUUUGAGCGUCCGUUAUGGAUCAAAAUGUUUCCAUUAUCGUUCCUAAAAGGGUGGCAACGGUUUCCUUUUUGCGUCCUCUCAUCGACCUUCAUCCACCCUUUUUGGAUCCUUUUGAGAAAUACAAUUUUUUUUAAAAAUUAUGAGUAAUCUUUACAAGUGACUGUGUAUGAACCAAAAUAAGCUUCAGUAAAAAAAAUCGAAAAUCAUCAAUAACAGAGACUUUUAGAACCCUUUUGCACCCUCACUCUUUCUUCACCUUUAUUGCGGCCUCUCCCUUUUUUCGCCCUUUUAUGACUCUUUUUAGCCCACCAAGAAUGAAAGGCUCAUCUAAGGCGGUAAAAAGAGACCCUUUUAGCGGCCAUUUUGCAGUCACUCCCUUUUUGCACCCGUUUUCCGCCCUUCCGACUUUGGCAGUGGUCACUUUUAAAGAUUAUUCUUAAUUCAAAAAAAUUUAUUUCUCGAAAGGGUCCAAAAAGGGCGGAUGAAGGCCUAUGAAAGGACUCAAAAAGGCAGUAAAAAGGAAACUUCUGCCACCCGUUUAGGAACAAUUAAUGGAAACAGACGAGUGCGUAACGGACGCUCAAAGGGCCCAUGAAGGAUCAUUCCGACUUUGCUUAUGACUAAGAAAGAAAAGCUUAAUAAAGACCGCAGAACAGAACCAUUUUAGCGGCCAUUUUGCAGUCACUUUCUAUUUGCACCCGUUUCCCGCACUUCCGACCUUGGCAGUGAUGAGAGGAUCUUCUUCUUCUUACGCCUUUAUACCGCUUGAGCGGCGUCGGCACCCCAAGCCGAAGUCCUAUCCUGAUAUCAGUGAUAAUCAGUGGACCGGCUCCAGUGACAUAUCCGUCCUUGUGUGUGACGACUGAGGAUUAUGAAGCCGUGGUUUCCGACUACCAACAUUACUUAAACCUCUUGGUUGGGUCGGGGAUCGAACUUGUGACCCUGUGGACCGUAGUUGCGCUACGGCGCGCCCUGAUGAGAUGA